AUGGUCAAGGCAGAUGUAAAGCACAACUACUAUGCCGACCUUGAAAUUCCCACCUCCGCUUCAAUCGAAGAUGUCCGCAAAGCAUACAGGAAGCUGGCGCUGCUCUACCAUCCAGAUCGCAAUGCUGGCAAAGAAGGAGAAUGCGUACCCAAGUUCCAGGCGAUACAGGCGGCCAAUGAGAUUCUCGGCGAUCCCACGCUGAAGCAGAAAUACGACACUGAUCGGCGCAAAGCUGGGUUGUUUCCCACAGGGCCGACGUUCAACCCCCGUCAGGGAGCCCCUGGCAAUCCAUACGCGGCGAGCUCAGCAUAUCCACCACCUCCACGUCGCACACAGCCAGGAGGUUAUCAGAGACCCCCGCCUCCUACUCCAGGCGCAGCUCCGGGACCGCCACCAAGCGGCGCCGAUCGUUUCACCAACUUCCCACGUGCUGCGCCUACAGCUCGGAAAGAUCCGGUCAACGACAGAGCGAAUGUGUUCAAAGCUUGGCAGAAUCUGAAUAACACGCAGGACCGUCAGCAAGGCUUUACGCCAGCCUCGUCCCGGCCACAGCCCCAACCCCAACCGCGGCCGCAACCUCCACCUCAGCAACCGGGUCAAAGGCCUGCUCCGCCGCCACGCCAGGAGACUAAGAUGCCAACCGAGGAGCAGAUUCGCGCCGGAAUGAACUAUCGCGCCAAUCCUCGGUUUGAUGGAGCAACCGCUGAGAAGAACCAGUCAGCAUGGCAAGCCUUCAACAAGCAAGGACCCAACACGCCGAAGCCUGGCGUAUCGCGGACCGAUUCUAUGAGAACACCGAACAAGCAAGGCUUCAAUCCCAAUGUCGCUGGCUCCGAUGAAAAGCCUUCUGCAUCACACUAUCCACACCGCAACAAAUCGGCCGACUUUGGGCGGCCACACCCAAGUGUCAGAGUGCCGCCACCACCGCAAGGUCCUCCGCCUGCUGCUACUCCGACCACACCAGGAUCACCCAUCUCGCCGAACAGUCGUCGCCCUUUUGCUGAUCCUACAAGACCAUUCCAUUCCCGAGCGCCAAACGAUCAAGUACCGUACUCCGAGGGCAACCGCAAUCGCACACCGUACUCGUCGGUAUUUAAGGAGAGGACCGAUCUUGGCGACAACCUUAGAAGGUCGCACAGUGUUCGAGACACGACUAAGCUUGGUCCAGAGGCUGCCGCGAACAGAGGGAGAGCGCGCAGUACCAGUCCGCUCAGCAGAACGGAUGCCAAUGGCAGCAGCCAGGUCAACGGCCAGAACAAGCAAGGUCCCUUCAUGGUAUACAGCGACACCGAAGACAGUGAUGAUGUGCGAACACCCGACGGUAUGAACGGAUCAUCCAAACCGACAGAUCAACAGCGACCAGAAUCUGCACCAGACGCAGGCGCACCAGACAACCGACCGAAGAGAGUUCCGAAAGGCCCGAGUCGUUCUCGCGUCUCAUCUUCACGACCAGCGACAGCAAGCGGUACCCAGUCCGAGAGCGAGCAACCUGACAUGCAGCAAAAGUCCAACUCUAACAACAUGUACGACCACCCCCUUUCUUCCCUUUAUCCUACACAGCGUCCGAAUGGCCAAGAAUCUCGCCUCCACUCAACAUGGAGAGCUAGACGCACAUGGUCAAAUGUUGGAAGAUGGGCACUCCCGUCGUCCGUCAAUCCUUUGUCAGGAAAAGCAAGCGAAAAAAUCGCCAAGUCACAUCGGAGGCCUCAGCAAGUUUCGUUUGUCACUGGCGCCGACCCGUUGUAUAUGGCGGCCAGACUAGACGAGCAGAAUGCAUAUGUGCGCUUCCAGUCCGACUUGCGAGCAACAUUCGAGCAGCUGCCGAACAAUCUGGACAUGCAGGUGUUCUUGUCGCUUGCUUCAACAGCACGCAAAGGCAUCCCGUGUGGCCAGCCCAAGCUUGACAGCUUACUACAACGGCUGCUUCAAGACUUUUCACUUGUGGGUACAGCUCAGAACAGACCUGCUAACCAUGCAUCUUCUGCCAACAGCUUCAACUUUCCGAACGCGAGCGGAUUUUCGUCGUCAGCGAACGGCAAGAGCAAGAGCACAGAGGACAUCGACAUCGACUUCUCGCCAGCAGGCUCAAGCGUGGAGUUCAACUCCGAGUACUUCCCUCCUGGAGCAACUGCGUCUAGGAAGCCGACUCCUUUGGGUGGCCGGGCUUCACGAACGCCAGGAGCACAAGCGCGCAGUGCUACGAUGGACGAUUCGCGAGGAGCUACACCGAACGGCGAAGUCCCAACCAGGCCGUGGGGCUCUGAUGGUACGCCGAAGGAGAUGCCGACUUACACCGCCUCUGGUUUCGACCCGGAGCAGUGGACUAGUGCGUUCUCGGAUCCUUCUUGGACUGUGCCUCCGCCGCCUCCGAGGCAAGGCAGUCCUGGGAAAGGAGCUACGCCUGGGGCGAGGAAGCCGAGUCAGAGUAGGAAGGCGAGCCGGCCGGCGAUGAAGUCCGCGACCAAGCAGCCGCCGGCGCCACACGUCGUGGAUGUGGAUGAAGGAGGGACACCAGCGGGCACAGACGGAGCGAAGGAGGACUUUGCAGCUUACGACGCCGAUGCCAUGGACAUUGACACGCCGCCUGCGAACCAACCGACAGAACAGGCACAGGAAGCGCCGAUGCCCGCAACUGACAAAGGCGCGCGGCUGUACUCUGUCCCACCCUCUACAUGGCGACAGCAGCAAGAACACAAGCUCAACAACACCCCCAUCCACCGCAACACCUCCAGCGCCACCCGCCGCACCGAGCGCGCCUCCACCAACGACGGAACCAAACUCAACACCACCCUCGACGACCUGCGCAACGUCGAGCCCAUCGCCCGCUCCGCCCCCAGCGGUACAGGAACCGGCCUCAACGACUUCACCGACCUGAGCUCCACCCUCCCCUUCAAAUCCGAAGCCGCGCGCCCUCAAUCCACCCCCUCACUCCAACAACUCGACCUCCCCAAAGUCCCCACCUACCCCGCCGAGCCCGUGCGCGCGUCCAAGACGAAUUGGCAGAACUACGCCCGCUUCUUCGGCGAGUACUGCAAGGCCUUCCACGCCUUCGACUGCGCGAUGCUGCAGUACUUUGCCGGCGCCGAGCAGCGCGCCGGCAAGCGGUUUGAGGGUGGGAGUGGGUGGUUGGAGCAAGUGGGAGAUACGAGUGGGAUGGCCGGGGAGCAGGUGGGUUUUGGGAGUUACAUGGCGGAUGCGAAGGUGCUUGAGCGGGCGAGGAUGCAUUGGAAUGUCGGGUGGGAGAGGUAUAGGGAGGGUAUGGGGGUUUUUGAGAGGGUGAGGGAGGGGGUGAGGCGGAAGGCGGGGGAGGGGGGGUUGCCGGAGGUUUGA